AUGACAACAACAACAACAGUAAUAGAUAAUACGGAAAUUGAUCAUAUUGUCGCAUCAGAACAAUAUCGACUUCAAACAUUUGACAGUUUAACACAUUUCCCAUUACUAACACGUCGACAAUUAGCAUUGGCUGGUUUUAUUUAUCGACAAUCUGAAUGUCUAUGUCCACAAUGUGGUAUUGAAAUAAAUCUUGAAGGAAUUAAUGAAAAUUCUGAGUAUGAAUCGAAUCAUUUUCGAAAAUUACAUCGAAAAAAAGUUUCAUUUCUUGGCAAACGCUGUUCAUUUUUAUUAUGUGAAUCUGGUACAAAUAUAGAUGAUCUUCAUACAUCAUUAUCAUCACCACAACAACCACAAUGGGAUGAUGCUGAAGAACCUGAUUAUAUAAAUUACACAACACGUCUUCAAUCAUUCGACACAUGGCCCGGUUUACAACAACAAAAAGAUGAAGGAAUACAGAAAACAUUUGUCACACCACAAGCAAUGGCUAAACAUGGAUUUUAUUUUUCAGGCCCUCGUGAUGGUGCAACUUGUUUUUAUUGUGGAAAUACUUUAAUCGAUUGGUCAUCAGCAAUUCGUUCAACUAAUGAAAAUAUUGUACAACUUGAACAUGCUAGAUUUUUUCCAUGUCGGUUUGUUACAUAUACAGCCGGUGGAAAAUUUGUAGCAAAUGCUGGAUAUUUUCAUACCGUAUCAGCUCAAGAACGUCGUGAACGUAAUCCUAUGAUAUCAAAAUCUCCUCCUAAUUCAGCAAAUACUGAGAGAAAACCUCGAACAAUUGAUGAAUGUUUAGCAACAUUUGAAAAUUGGCCACGUUAUGCUCCCGUAUCAGCUCAAGCACUAGCUGAUACUGGAUUUUAUUAUUUAGGUGUUGAUUUACGAGUUCGAUGUUUUAUGUGUGAUCUUGAAGUUGAAGAUUGGCGUCAUGGUAUGACAGCACUUGGUACACAUCGUAAACGUAAUAAUAAUUGUCAAAUUGUUCGAGCAAUUGAUAGUAUAAAAACUGGUGAUAUUCAAACAGUUAAUGAAAAAUGGCGACUUGAAACACUUAUUGGUUUAUCAUUUGAUGAAACAAAAUCAAAUGAUCGUAAUCAAACAGAAACUGAUCAACGUUUAUGUCGUGAAUUAGCUGCAUGUGGUUUUUAUCGUUAUAAAAAUACGAAAAUUAUUCGUUGUGCAUAUUGUGGUAUAACAAUUGAACCAAAACCAGGUCAAUCAAUUAUGUCACAACAUCGUCAUUUAACUAAACAAUCAAUUAGAAGAACGUCAUUCUCAAUAACAAAUGAUCAUCAACAACGAUCAUCAACAGUUGAUUGUCUUAUGGUACGUGCACAAUGUCCUGCUAAUAUUGUUAUUUCACAUCGUGAACGUUUUCCUGAAUAUCCAUUAUAUCAAUCAAUUUUUGAUCGUAUUAAAACAUUUGAUAAACAUAAAGAACGUCAUAAAACUGUUGAAAGUUCUAUACGUAAUAUGGCAGAAGCAGGAUUUUUUCUUGAUGAACAAAGACGUAUGCGAUGUUUUCAAUGUGGUAAUGCAUUACCAGUAAGUGAAAAAGUACGACAAGAAAAAUAUCCUCAAUAUAAUAUGGCACAAUUACAUGCACAUUUUUAUCCAACAUGUGAAUGGGUUAAAGAAUUAUUAGGUGUGAAAUACAUUGCUCAAGUUCUUCAUGAUCGAUAUCAAUCAAACGAACCUCAAACUCAAACAUCAUUUAAUGCACAAGCAUCAUCUGGAUCAUCUUCUCAUACAACAAUGAGUUCUUUUACAUCUACUUCAGCAACACCGGCGGUUAUUGAUGUGACAUCUCCAUCAUCUUCGAAUCGUUUCGAUGAACCAUUUUUAUCUGAUCAUUCUGCAGAUUCAUCAGAUGAUGAAGGUUUUCAAACUGUAGCUCGGCCACCUACUACAGAACGUAUUGGUAGUCAAAUAGUUGUACGUUCACCAUUUCCAGUAUCAGCACUAUCACAUGAAUCAUCAACAACAGAAAAUGCUCAAACCUGUUCAGAUCCAACUAGUAGUGGCAGUAAAUUAACUUCGCCACUAGGUACAAGUCAAAUUAAUCCAUUUAAACAAUUAGUAUUACAACAACAAAGAUCUGAUCAUACAGGUGAUAGUAUAUCAUUAUCAGAUAAUGGUUCAAACGAAUUAUCACCUUUAUUUGCAAGUUCUCUAGCUAUUUCAUCACCAGUUGAUAUACGUUCUUUGCUUGCACAUGAAUCAAAUCGUUUAGAUUCAUUUAAAAAACAAAAUCGUGAAACAUUUGCCAAAGUCAAUGUUGGAUAUCUUGCUUAUGUUGGAUUUUAUUUAAAUGGCGAAGGUACUGUUAUUCAAUGUCCUUGGUGUGAAAUUAAAUUAACGGAACAAGAAUUUGAAGAUAUUAUGCGUACACGACCAAGUGUUACUCGUUCAACACUAGGUGAUGAACCAUGGACACCCAUGCGAGUACAUCGACAUGCAAAUGGAUUACGAAUGGAUCAUGAUCACCCAUGGUGUACAUGGGUUCGACGAGAAGCAGGUGGACUUUAUCCCAAUGUUACUAUGAUAGAAAGUCAAAUGCUUUAUCCAGAAUAUCCAUCUUAUUCAAAAAUUGAAAAACGUAUUCAAUCAUUUACAUCAGAUUGGGUUUAUCCAAGUGGUAGUCGUCUUUCUAAUCAAAUCAUGGCUGAAGCUGGAUUUUUCUAUAUGGGUGGUGGUAGUGUCUGUUGUUAUUAUUGUGGUAAUAAAUUACAAAAUUUUGAACCACGUGAUUGUCCAUUUGAAGAACAUGCAACGUUCUAUCCUCUUUGUGAUUUCAUCCAAAAAGUGCGUGGUCUCGAUUAUAUCAAUCGAAUUAUAUUAGAAUGUGGACGAAUUCCACAAGGACGAUUAAAAUAUGAAAUGGAUGGUACACAAAAGAUAAAACGUAUUAUAUUUGAUAAAAGUGGUGCAACAAAACGUAAAAGUGAACGUCCACCAGUGAAUCGAAUAAAUUCUUAUUCAUCUCGAUCAACAAAUCGAAAUCAUUCUCGUCUUGAAACAAUUGAUAAUGCUUGUCUUAUAUGUACAGAAAAUGCAGCUACACAUGAAUAUGAUCCAUGUCGACAUUUCCCCAUAUGCGGAGAAUGUUUUGCACGUUUAGAUCAAGAAUAUCUUCAAAAAUGUAUGCAUUGCUUUCAACCAGCUACAAUACGUAUGCGCACACCAAAUACACCUCUUAUACAGUGA